AUGCAAGCGGUAGAGUUCAUAUCUCCGGGAAAUCUUUGCGAUACUGACAGGGAAUCCAGUAAAAAACUGCGAUGUUCCGGGACGUUGCCGUGUUCACUUUGCCUUCGGUCGGGUGCUGACUGCGAGUACAAUGCGGAGUACACCAGAGGCAAGAAGACCGACAUUCCUCUGCUUGACCAGCGAGAGUUAGUUUCUCCAAAGUCUCCGUCCACCGCGAGAGGUCAGUCUCUACCAAAUGCCAAUCUACGAGCAUUGGACUCGGGGCAGCCUCUGUCGGAGCGAUCGGUCUUCUCCACCGACGAGCAUUCCCUCCCCGCAUCUGCAUCGCCAGUACAGAUCCAAGUCAGGACUACGGAUCACGAAGGGCCAUCAUUCAGUCUAGAUUUAGGCUCGACACAAGAAAUAUCCAAUUCACGACUACCAAACCCUCACCUAGCUGCCUUGCAAGGAGAAGAACAUGGAGCGGUGUCCUCUCGCACCUCCCCCGAGAGAGAUCAAACAGAUCUCGAAGGGCACUAUGUGGGCCCGUCGUCGGGAGUUUCAUUCUUGCUUCGAGUUCAGAAACGAAUCCACGAGAAUGUCACUGUUUUCUCAAAUGGGCCAAUCUUCAAUUUCGGCGAUGCACCCUUACCCAGACACGAUCCGCAUUUCUUAGUCCUUCCACCAAAAGACGAAGCAAAGGUCCUGGUGCGACGGUAUUUCGAUUUUGCCUUUCCGACCCAUCGCUUUCUGCAUCAGUCUACGGUUGAAGGAUGGCUCGAGUCAUUCUACUCGGAUGUACAUGACCCAGAAAAUACGAUGAGCCAAGCAAUCAAGGCUUUGUUGUUAAUGGUAAUGGCCCAGGGGAAGCAAUACCUUGCUGAACAGGAUUCAAGCGUUGCCCAGUCUGUGAAGAGUAAUGUUUACUUUGCCGCCUCGGAAAAUCAUUUACUGUCAGAAACAGGCUCAGUAAGCCUUGCGAGCAUCCAAGCCCGUCUUGCCCAAUGUUUCUAUCUACUCUCGGAAUCCAGAGUGAAUCAUUGCUGGAGCCUGUUUGGUACAACUGGUCGCCUUGCGCUUGCGAUUGGUCUGCACAGACGCUGGCGACGAGAGGCCAUAAACGAUCAUGUCGAAAGCGAGUGUCGGAAACGGGUCUUCUGGUGUGCUUAUAGCUUGGAUAUCUAUCUCAGUGCUGCUUUGGGCCGACCGAAAAUAUUUCAUGAUGAAGAUAUUGAUCAGCACCUUCCGACGUGCGCGAGUGAUAGUCAAAUCACAAGAAGCGCAAUACUACCGAAUCUUUCCCAUGGCCAAAAUAUCAUGUUAGCGCCUGUGUUCCACGCAAAGUUGGUUCGAGUGAUAAGUGGAAUCUUGAAAGACCUCUACGGACUUCAACAGAAAAAUGUUGAAGCGCAGACAGUGAUUGCACAAAAAUAUGGCGCUGAGCUCGCGGAUUGGCGCAGUGGCAUUGGCCCGUUCCUGGAGACCCCAAACAUUGAACUUCUCCAGGCAACAUACCAGAGACAGUAUAAUGUUCUAAAUUUUGCUUUUGCGCAUGCAGAAAUUCUAUUAUACAGGCCGUUUCUACUUCGAAAUCUCGCGAGUCUAGGAAGGCGUUCUGGCCCGAAGCAUUCACAACUACAGCAAGACAUACAAGCCAACGUCGAGAGAUGCCUACAUGCAGCCUCGAGGAUUGUAGGGUUAUUCAAAGAGCUUUGCAGAUCGAAGAAGAUGUACAGAUUUUUCUGGUUCACACACUACUACGUUUUCUGUGCAAUUGUCAUCUUGUAUGUUUACGUGAUACAGAGCCGCGCAUCCCCAGAAAAAGGUCUCCUACAAUAUCUACAGACAGGGGAGGAGGCCCAAAGUGAGCUUGCGAAAUGUGGAGCACAAGCAUCCUUCCCUCAGCGAUAUGUGGUUGUUCUUGAAGAGCUCCGAAAAGAAGCAAUGAGGCUCAUGGAGCAGUCUUCAGCAAGGACGGAAAAUAGAGACAGUGCACAAGAGUAUCAUGGCGAAGCUGGAAAACCUGACACCGAGACCGCAUUUUCUCACCCUGCGGUCCAUGAUCCCAGCACUCACAGUGAUACGUUCAAUAAUGAGCUGGGAGACCCUUCGUCAGCGGGCUGGAUUACAAAUUUUGCCCAAGAUCAUAGUCCGGCAUCCUAUCUUGCAGAUAUGACGGGAUGGGGUGAAUUUGAUUCGCUAGUUCUGACAGGUUUAGGGGAGUUGAGCCAUAUUUUCCCAGACAACGAUGAUCAAUAUUAA